CGCUACAGGUGGCGGGGCCGGGAGCUGCCGCCGGGGCUCGGCGGCACAAUGCAACCCUCGGAGGCCCUGCCCGGGCUGUGGGGCUGAGCCCCGGCCCCCCGUGGCCGCCCCCCCACCUCCGCCGGCCCUAGGGUUGUCCGGUGCCCGCAGCAGGACGCGCCGGCAGGGCGAGAGGAGGCGAGGAGCCGAGGCAGCGCCGCGCCCCCCUUGGCCCCCCCCCGGGUCCCCCCGCCCCAAAACGGGCGCUCCCCGCCGCCGGGUCCCGGGCUCCCGGCCCCGCACCGGCUCCGCGAUGGACCCCUGCUCCUCGCUCUUCAGCUACGUGUUAAUGCACUUGUUCGUCCUCUGCCUGCAAGCCCAGGUAACUGUUCAGUCCCCACCUAAUUUUACACAGCAUGUGAGGGAGCAGAGCCUGGUGACAGAUCAGCUGAGCCGGCGGCUCGUCCGUACCUACCAGCUGUACAGCAGGACCAGCGGGAAGCAUGUGCAGAUCUUGGACAACAAGAAAAUCAAUGCGAUGGCAGAGGAUGGGGACGUGCACGCCAAGCUCAUCGUGGAGACCGACACCUUCGGGAGCCGCGUGCGCAUCAAGGGGGCGGCCACGGGUUUCUACAUCUGCAUGAACAAGAAGGGGAAGCUGAUCGGCAAGAGCAACGGCAAAGGCAAGGACUGCGUCUUCACGGAGAUCGUCCUGGAGAACAACUACACGGCGCUGCAGAACGCCAAGUACGAGGGCUGGUACAUGGCCUUCACCCGCAAGGGCCGCCCGCGCAAGGGCUCCAAGACCCGGCAGCACCAGCGCGAGGUACACUUCAUGAAGCGGCUCCCCAAGGGCCACCAGACCACCGAGCCCCACCGGCGCUUCGAGUUCCUCAACUACCCCUUCAACCGCAGGAGCAAAAGGACUAGAAACUCCAGCUCCAAGGCUGGCCCUUGACUUGCCAAGCCCUGAGGACUCUGCUUAAGAGCUUGGUGGACUUAACCCGUAGAGACUUUUCCUGUGCGGUUAUUAAAAAACCAAACACAACAGGGGAUGGGGGGAGGAUUAAAAAAAAAAUAAUUACCUGAGGUAGUUGUUGAUAAUUUGGGGGGGUGGUUUUGUUUUUACAAAAAAAAAAAAAAAGGGCAAAAAAAAAAGAGGCUCUAUUUUUGUACUCCAACUUGAAAAGAGAUGGAACAUUCAGAGACUGGUGAAGGGGGGGAAGAGCCCUUCACUUAGCAGUGGUCUAGUCUGUUUGGGGUCGUGUUUUGUUCUGUAAUUUUUUUUUGUAGCUCUAGGGGGAAAGGAGAGGAAAAAAAUCACCAUUUAAAGCAAACAAGCAAAAAAAAAAAAAAAAAAAACAGGAAAUCCAAAUGUGGGAGCAACGUGCUACCUAAAUGAACUGAGUGGAUGCUUGACGGAGAGGAUGGAGAAGUCGGAAAACGAUGGGGAGGGGAUGGGGAGGGGAUGUGUCGGAGGCGAGGACCCACGGGUCCAUUCCAGCUCCUUCCCAGCACCGCUUGGUUUUGUCCUUGGGAGCAGCUGGGGGUGAUGGACACCUCACAGAAAGUCCCGGACCGACUGGUAACUCUUGCCCCCCAGAGCAUCUCUGGAUUUUUUAUAAUUUUCCUUUUUUUCCUGAACUACUACGGUGAGGCAGCAGGCGAUGGCUGCUGUGGAGCAGGCUGGUGGUAUCUUUUUUUUUUCCCAUGAGGAAAAUGUGAAACUUUUUUCUGUUUAUUUUUUUAAUAAGACGGAUGUUUUCGUCUAAUUAAAAAAGUUUACAAAUUGCUGUGGAGCCAUUUCAGGUUGGUUUUGUUGUAACACUCGGUUUGUGGCUGAUGCUUCCAUUUCCAACUGUCUCUUCCAGGUGUGCUCUCUGAGAAACACUGCCACUCUUUUUUU